AUGCUCAACUGGUUAAACAUCCCAACAACAACAACAAAAGAAGCUCAACAUCAAUUAAGAUCUCUUGAGAAACCUAAUUCCUUGAAUAAAAUACAAUAUCAAGUACAAUUAUCAAACAAAAUGCCGCGUGAAACAGAAAAUUCACCUGCAGCUGAUAGGUCAUUUAAUCCAUCCUACAAAGAUUAUUUUAAAUUUGAUUGUGAACAUUUGCUUCAGUAUUGUGGAAAGGUGAAUGAGAGCCGAAGAGAAGAUCAAAACGAAUCUAUAUUAGAGGCAAGGUUAAAAGAAAUAGAUGCAAGAUGGACAAACGUAGAUACUUCAUAUCAAAAGGUAAUGUUAUCUCAAGAUGACGUAAUUGAUGCAGAAUUUAAGAACCAAGCAAGAGAGGAAUUUGAUGCUUGUAAUGACGCAUAUGUACAGAGCACAUCACAAAUUUUUGAAAUUCUUAAAAGUAUCCGCUUAGAUACAGUACAAAUGCCAAUGUUCCAAUCAACAUCUCGUCACUCUGUCCCAAAUCAAAAUCCAACGAGCGAUAAUUCAAGUAUUUGCAUUAAACUCCCCCCAUGCGACACAGAAAUAUUUAAAGGCAGUUAUGAACAAUGGCCCUCGUUUAGAGACAUGUUCACUGCAGUUUAUAUAAAUCAUUCAAAACUUACUCCUGUAACUAAGCUAUACCAUCUCAGGAACAAGACAAGAGGCGAAGCAGGUGCUAUAGUUAAACGAUAUCCAUUAUCUAAUGAUAAUUUUGAAUUAGCUUGGAAUGCGUUAAAAACAAGAUACGAAAACAAACGAGUUUUGGUAGAUAACCAAAUCAAAAUCUUGUUUGAUAUACCAGCAGCAAUUAAUGAAGAUAGUGAGUCCAUAAGAAAAAUACAGUCGUCAGUAAACGACUCAUUAGCAACACUCAGAACUCUAGGGGUAGAAGUAAAUAGUUGGGAUCCCAUUUUAAUUCGUUUAAUAUCAACAAAAUUACCAGAUUGUACUUUAGAACUAUGGGAGCAAUCACUGACUUCCCCUCGUGAACUACCAAAAUGGUCACAAAUGUCACAAUUUUUAGUUGACAGAUACGAAGCGGUAGAGCGGCUAACAAGCAUAAAAACCACAAAAGACAGUUUUACACUGUCUAAUACGAAAAAACCUAAUAUUCAAACAUAUACAUCCCAAGAAAACAUAAACACAAAUUGCAAACUAUGUAAUAAUGUACAUUAUUUAAGAAAUUGUCCCAAUUUUAGAACUUUUUCAACACAACAAAGAAUAGAUUAUGUUUUCAAAAAUAAAAUAUGUAACAAUUGUUUAAGUCCUUCACAUAUUAAGGCAAAUUGUAAAAGUAAAAGAACAUGUUUUUACUGCAAAAAAGAUCACCAUUCAUUAUUGCAUAUUGCACACAAAUCAUCAAAUGUACAAAAAACAUCUGAAAAUACUCAAACCAAUGGUAAUGGUAAUCAAAAUAAAAAUAUUGUUCAAAAUACAAAUACACAAACAGAACAGCCAAGUAAUUCUUACAAAGAUGAACUUCCAACUACCUCACGGCGUGUUCAAGCAAACUGCUCUACGAGCAAUGAAAACAUUUUAUUGCGUACAGCAUUGAUGCAAAUAGAGCAUCAAGGCGAAGUUUUCACGAUAAGAGCUUUAAUUGAUCCAGGCUCUCAAAGAACCUUCAUAACAGAAAGAAUAAGAAGUCGGUUACAGUUGCCUUAUAGAAAUUCACAUUUUGAAAUUAUUGGAAUAGGAGGUCAAAAACAAUCAGCUAAAAAAGAGUGUGAUUUCACAUUAUUUGCAAGAAAAUAUAAUCUGAGAAUCCCAAUUAAAGCAAUUGUUUUAUCAAAUGUUACUAAAACACUUCCAGCUGUUACGUUUAAUGUCCCAUAUUCAGCAGAACUUAGAAAAUUGGAUUUAGCAGACCCGAAUUUUAAUAAAUCUUCCCAAAUUGAUCUUAUUCUUGGCAAUGAUUAUGAACAUUGUCUAAACCUCGAAGGGAUAAAGAAAAAUAUAUGUGGCCAAACAUCAGCUUACAAAACUAUAUUUGGAUGGGUGCUUAGUGGACCGAUGAAAACGGAAACCGUUCAAACAUUCACAACUGCUGUCACUUCAUCAGAAUCUUCAGAACUCAGCACACUAUUGAGAAAAUUUUGGGAGCAAGAGGAAAUACCAAAAACUCGCUUUAAAUCCGAAGAAGAUGAAUUUGUUGAACAAUUUUUCACUAAAACAACUACUCGAAGCAAAGAUGGACGAUAUAUGGUAAGGCUACCAUUCAAAAAGGAAUAUCCCGAAUCGGUUUUCUUAGGAUCGUCUAGAUUCAUCGCACUCGCUCAAUAUGCCAGUAUGGACAAAACAUUAGGAAAAAAUAAAGAAUUGCAAGCUGAAUAUAAAGCUGUUUUGGAUGAGUAUUUAACUCUCGACCAUAUGGAAGAAACAACCUCAAACGAAAUCAAUUCUGAAGGUAAACAUAGCUCUUUUUAUUUGCCCCAUCACGCGGUCGUGCGACCAGAACAUAAAACUACAAAGGUAAGAAUUGUGUUCAAUGCCUCUAGAAAAACAAAAUCCAAAUUUUCACUAAAUGAUGUUCUGUACACUGGUCCUACAAUUCAAAAUGAUUUAAUAACUGUAAUUCUGAAUUGGAGAAGAUAUAAAUAUGUGUUCAGUGGUGACAUACAGAAAAUGUAUCGUCAAAUCCUAGUUCAUCCAGACGAUAGAGCAUUCCAGAGAAUUUUAUAUCAACCUGAACCAAAUGGCCCUAUUAAAGAUUUCGAAUUGAAAACAGUAACGUUUGGAGUAAAUUGUGCGCCUUUUCUAGCAAUUCGUACGUUACAUCAACUCGCUUCAGACUCAAAAGCCGAAUCCCCUCAAGCAUCAUCAAUUUUAAGGUACGAAACUUAUGUAGAUGAUAUUUUAACUGGAGGUUAUUCAAUUGAAGAAACUCGUUACGCACAAAAUCAGCUAAUUAAAACUCUAAAAUCUGCUGGAUUUUUACUCAAGAAGAUAACAGCAAACGAUGCUCAAUUAUUAUCAGAUUUACCAACAGAGGAUAUAUAUGAUUCAGAUUUUUUACGUUUCCACGAAACUAGCUCAACUAAAACUUUAGGCAUAAAGUGGAACGCAAUCACAGAUACAUUUACUUAUAAUUUCUCAUCAAUAAGUCCUUCUACGAAAAUAACAAAACGCCAAGUUCUAUCAUCUGUCGCAAAACUAUUUGAUCCAGCUGGAUGGCUAGCUCCUAUAGUAAUCAGAGCAAAAAUAUGUAUGCAGCAAUUAUGGUUAGACGGUAUAGAAUGGGACGAAGAAAUUAACGCGGAAUCUCUACAAAAUUGGAACGAGCUAGUUCAGGACUUGUCUGAAGUUGAACUAAUAUCAAUUCCUCGUUGGAUUCAACUUAUGCCUAGCGACACAAUCCAAAUUCACGGAUUCUGCGAUGCAUCGAAAUCCGCAUAUUGUGCUACUGUAUACAUUCGGUGCCAAACAAAAACUCAAAACACAUUCUCAAAUUUAUUGGUAGCAAAAAGUAAAGUAGCCCCUUUACAAACUGUUUGCCUCCCGCGCUUAGAGCUUAAUGGCGCAGUGCUAUUAGCAAAUUUAGUUAAUUAUGUAAAAAACUCUAUCAAUUUCAGUAAUAGCGAGAUAUAUUUAUGGUCGGACUCAGCUAUAGUCCUAGGAUGGUUAUCAAAACCACCUUCAUCGUGGGAAACCUAUGUGGCGAACAGAACAGCACGAAUACACGAAUUAAUGUCUGAUGUCACAUGGCGACAUGUCCCAACACAUGAUAAUCCAGCUGAUCUGGGCACACGAGGUUGUAAAGCCCAACAUUUGGUAAAUAAUUCACUUUGGUGGAAUGGACCAUCAUGGUUACAAAAACCUUCAUCAGAAUGGCCCAAAAGAAAUAUUUUAAAUCGUAGCUCAGAAGAUAAAGAAAUACAAUCUCUACAUGUUCAGAUUGAAGCAAAUGAUAUAUUGGACAAUUUUUCAUCAUACAGUAGAGCUUUACGUGUAAUAUGCUACAUUUUUAGAUUUUUUCAUAAUACAACGAAGAAAAUGCGACAAAAUGUUGAUGAAAAUACUCAAGUCUCUUUGACACAAAAUGAGAUGAAAUUUGUUAAAUCGAGACUAAUUGUUUUAGCUCAAAAAAGAUUUUAUAAUGAGGAAUAUCAAUGCGUUAAUGAAUCAAAAAAUAUUUCAAAUAAAAGUCCUUUGAAAAGUCUAAAUCCAUUUAUGGAUAAAGACACAAUUUUAAGAGUAAAUGGUAGAUUAUCCCAAUCAUCACUACCAUAUGGUGAACGUUACCCAAUUAUUUUACCAGGCAACUCCCGAUUUUGCCAAUUGUACUUACACCAUUUGCAUGAGUUUCUCUCUCAUGCUGACUGCGGUCAAAUGUACAGAAUUAUACAAACUGAAUUUCUCAUAUUCAGGUUAAAACCACGUAUCAAAGGAAUAAUACGUAAGUGUAAAAGAUGUAUAAUGUAUAAACAACAGCCAAGCUCUCAAAUAAUGGCUCCUUUACCUCCGGAAAGAUGUACUCUCUCUCUUCCUUUCCAGGUAACAGGAAUUGAUUUUGCUGGACCAUUCGAGACAAAAACAUCGAUUCUAAGGAAAUCUCCAAUAACUAAAGGAUACGUAAGUGUGUUUGUAUGUUUUAGCACAAAAGCUAUCCAUUUAGAGCCUUGUUCAGAGUUAUCCUCAGCGGCGUUCCAAGCUGCUUUCGCUCGCUUCAUCGGGAGGCGGGGGCUCCCCCAAAGGGUAGUUACAGACAAUGGACGAAAUUUCUUAGGAGCUAGUAGAACUCUCGAACGAGAAUUUUCUGCGUUUGUCAAAAAUAGUGCCCAAGAUGUAGCUCAGAAAUACAUCACAUACGGAUUUGAAUGGAAAUUCAUUCCACCUCACGCUCCUCAUAUGGGAGGCCUUUGGGAGGCAGCCGUAAAGAGUUUUAAAUAUCAUUUUAAGCGAAUUGCAGGUUCUCAUAAAUUUACUUUCGAAGAAUUCGCAACAGUUUUAGCAAGAAUAGAAGGAGUACUCAAUUCAAGACCUAUAUCAGCAGUUUCAGAAGAUCCCUCAGAUAUCACAGCUCUAACGCCUGGACAUUUUCUAAGAGGUGCCCCCCUGAUGGCAUUCCCUGAACAAGAUUGUUCGAACAUGUCGGUUUUAAAUAGAUGGGAAAAGCUGAAAGCCAUACAUCAUCAAUUUGCUCAACGUUGGAAAACUGAUUAUCUGAAAUCACAACACAAAAGGUAUAAGUGGAAAACCUCUUGCAAAAAUAUGCAGAUUGGAGAUUUAGUUAUUGUUAUGGACGAUCUACUACCACCUCAUGAAUGGAAUCUUGGCAGGAUCGAAAAAACAUUUUCUGGUUCAGAUGGUAAUGUAAGAACUGCAGACGUACGUACCGCUAGCGGUGUAAUUAAGCGCCCUAUCGUCAAAUUAUGUUACCUCCCUUUUCUAAAUCAAGAGGAAGCGCAAGUUGACUCAAACCUUAAAGUACAAUCCUCCAUUUAG